AUUAUUCUAUUUUACAAUCGGGGUUUAGGUUUUCAAUAGUUUUUCAAGCUCAACUAAAAAUCAUUGUUUCUUAUAACAUCAACGUAAAUAGUGAAUGCCUUUUCUUUAAGCGUAGAUGCUCAAUAGUUCUUUAUUAUUUCCAUGAUAUUCCAGACUCAAUGAUCUCCACCCCCAAGUUAUAAAUGAACUUUACCCACGUGAGAUAUGGAUGAACCAAACAUUUCAAUAUCUUCAGGAUUGUUGGAAAAUAUUGAACUUGCUGUGAACAUUAUUGGAAUAGAAACUGAACUUAAAAAAGAACUCAACCAUUUCAAAGAUGAAAAAUGUGUACCUUUUCGAGUAGUGAAACGUUUACAUGAAUUUUUAUCCGCGUCAGGUAUAUUUAUAGCAGAAACCGGAAGUUUCAAACGUCAAGGGACAAAUAUCUACCUACAUGAGUUGAUCCAAGGCUGUGAUGUUUGUUUGCCUACAGUUGAACUGGCAUCAAGGGAUCCUGAACUGGAGGCAAGAUGCAAGAGGUUAAGGGCUCAGCAAGAAAACCGGGAGUACAAGAAGAUGGUUAGGGAGGUGGAUAAAAAGGACAGGGAUUAUUUUGCUCCUGGUAAAGAUUUAAAGGAAAUGAACCGACAGAUGGUGUCAGUCUUCAACUUUAUAGUCACUGUGGGAGGAGCAUUUGCAUUUGGCUACAAAGGGGUGGAGUACUCAUUUCAUGGAGAUACCUUUGCUUUUCAACUGAUUGUCGGAUUGUCACUGGCAACCGUUGUGUUCUUUGCUGACCUAUACUUCCUGCUUAAGGAAAACAGCUAGAGAACGUCUGGUGCUACAUCUGGCAACCACGUAUAGGAGCUACAUGUACUUCCUCUAGUAUGUUGAUUGAAGCAAAGGUUCUGUUGACUGGCCUAUAUAAUGUUUUACGGAUUGGUGAUAAGUGCAAUAUAACAUGUUGUAGUGGACGCAGGACGAUGAUUAAGAAAGUGGUAUUUUUUUUAGAUCCACUAUUCAUGACUGAACAAAUUAUAUGUUAAUAGUAUAGCUAUGAAACAUGUUAAUAUUUUUUUGUGUUCCUAUGAACAUCUUGCAUCUUGCAAACAAAAAUUCUGAUUAAGACUUGUAUUAUCUGCAAUUUUUAUCACUGAUGUAGAGCUGUUUUUGACUAUGGAGUUUAGGAUAUUAGUUUUUAUUAAUCAAUUGUUUCAUUAUUCGGAGUAAAAUAUAUUUUUUAAGUAAGUAUUUUGUAAUCACGAUGACUGAUUAAUGUUUAACUUAGUUAACAAUUAUUCACGCAGUUGUGACUAUUGUGUUGAUUUUUAUGCUCCCCCAAAAUAGUUUUGGGGGAGCAUAUAGUUGCCGCUUCGUCUGUCCGUCGGUCCGUGCACAAUUUUUUUUCAAGGUUAUUUCUUAGCAACUAAUAACCGGAAUUCAAUGAAACUUUAUGGUAAGCUUCACUACCAAGAGGAGAUGUGCAUAUUAUCAGCGGUUACUUGUCGGAUGAUUUUUCACAGAGUUAUGGCCCUUUGAAAAUUUCCAUUAACUGUACUUAUAGUGCAAUUAUUGUCCGGGCUAUUUCUCAGCAACUAAUGACUGGAAUUCAUUGAAACUUUAUGGGAAGCUUCACUACCAAGAGGAGAUGUGCAUAUUAUCAGCGGGUUCUGGUCAGAUGAUUUUUCACAGAGUUAUGGCCCUUUGAAAUUUUCCAUUAACUGUACAUAUAGUGCAAUUCUUGUCCGGGCUAUUUCUCAGCAACUAAUGACCGGAAUUCAAUGAAACUUUUUGGGAAGCUUCACUACCAAGAGGAGAUGUGCAUAUUAUCAGCGGGUUCUGGUCGGAUGAUUUUUUACAGAGUUAUGGCCCUUUGAAAUUUUAUAUAAAAAAAAUCUUGUCCCCCCCAACUACUGUGCCCUCAAGACAGUUCCUUUUAUCUGAAUAUAAAGUGCAAUAUUGUGACAAAAAAAACUUUUGGGAGCAUCACCCGUCUCCGACGGUUUCUUGAUUUCUGUUGUAAUAACUUCAUAUUUGUUUGCAGUAUUUUCGCAAUACUGAUUAAACAACUUAACUAUUUAUGUUAGUAAAACAUCUUUACCAGUA